AUGUCAAUUGUUUGGCGCCCGUCGUUGCAUCAAGAUGAGCCAAUCGAAUCACACUCCGCCUACCACUCGCAAGACAAUAAAGAUUACCUGACGCCGAGAGUUGCGUCCGGCCCUCGAUCUCCAUAUAAGUGCUUCAGUAACACCAAACUGCCCCCACAUCUCUCCUCCUCUUUUUAA